AUCCAAGAUGUCACCGUGCGAGUAGAAUCCAUUCGUCACUUCUCGGUAUCUCAAAUGGCUUUACUGGUUGAAAAUGCUCACAUUUUACUAGCAGGUAGUGCUCAGCAACGAACUAAUAUCUGUGAGGUCUUGCUGGCAGCGGCAUGGAUCUGUGGAGAAUACAGCCAGCAUGUCCAAAAUAUUUCGUCUGUUCUGGAGUCGAUGCUGCGUGCCCGUACCUCAGUGAUAUCUGGUCAUAUAUUAUCGGAAGAUGAUUGGGAUGCAAUUGAGUCGCUCGACAAUCUGAUGUUAUCGAAGCUGGCAGAUUUUGAACUGGCGGAGCAUCUCGAAGCACAGGAAAGAGCCUGUACUUUGAUGGCUCUACUGCGCGUCAUUGAAGCAGCACAUGCACGUCGCGAGAAGAUCGCCGGCGAUGUUGCGCGUCUCUACGAGGGUGAGCUAAAUCCAGUUGCUGCGAAGGCGCAACGGAAAGUGCCGGUGCCAGAUGGUUUGGAUCUCGAUCAGUGGAUAGGUGAACCUUGGCUGGAUACACCUGAGUCAAGCGAAGGGAGUGACAAUGAUGCCACUUUCGGACAGCCAGUACCACGAAUCAGAAGUGAAUUCACCAGUUUUGGCGUCGUUCCUCAUUAUGAAGAUGAGCCAAAGUCGAAGAAAAGCAAAAAGACGGAAGCAAAGGAGUUAAGUCCAGAAGAGAUUGAGCGACGUCGUCAACUUCGUGAAGCGGAAAAAGAGAGUAACCCAUAUUAUGUGAAGGGGUCAGCGACUGCGCCAAAACGACCAACUCGUUUCAUUGCUUUCGAGGCUAUACACGGAACCGAUGUUGACAAGGUCGAGAUUCAAAGUCCUUUGGAAAUUCCUGGUGAGUAA